AUGCCUGAUAACACUAAAGCAACAAUCACCAAAACCACCACUGGUGGGAUAUCAAUUAUCAGUUCCAAUCAUGCUUACUUUCUUCAAUCCUAUGAUACACCAAGGAUGUUACUUGUCAACACUGCCUUUGAUGUUAGAGGUUUUCAAGGUUGGAAAAGGUCAGUGCUCAUAGCACAAUCAGCCAAGAACAAGAUAGGCUUCAUAAAUGGUGCUUGCCCAGCAUCAGCUGUUGGUUCAAAGGAUUUCCAGACAUGGAGCAGAUGUAAUGACAUGGUGACAUCUUGGUUUCUCAACUCACUAUCCAAGGACAUAGGGGAUAGUGUCAUCUACUCAAAAUCUGCUAAGGACCUCGGGAUCAGUUUGGAGCACAGAUUUAGCCAGCCAAAUGGAGCUAAGCUCUAUCACCUGAGGAAAGAAUUGCAAAGAUUAGUUCAAGGAACAAGUGACGUAGCAAGCUAUUUCACAAAACUCAAACGACUAUGGGAUGAGUUGGAUUCACUAAAUUCUGAUGUGAAGUGCAGUUGCUUGUGUGUGUGUGUGAAGGAAAGCAAAGAUUAG